UUGAUCAAAGUAGAAAAGCUAUUUAUAGACGCGCCAAAAGUAAUUCCAUUAAAACACAAACCUGUCAAAAGGAAGCCUUUCAAACUAGACUGCUCCGUGCCCAACGCCAACCCAGAACCAGAACUGCAGUGGGUUCUGCAAUCGGUCACUGAUCCAAGCAAUUUCAAAGGGAUCCUAGAAAUAGAAUACUAUAUCACAAAAUCACCGGACGGUAACCUCUGGUUUGCCAACGUCACUGAAAAAGAUGUCCAUGCCGAUAUGAAAUACGUGUGUCAAGCCUUGACCCCGGCCGAGGAAGGACCGGUGAUACUUGCAGAGCAUUACAUAGAACAUCUUGUUGAAAAUAAAGAGGAGAACACCGGAGAACUGGUAGCGCAGUAUUUAAGUAAAGACAUGACAGUGCAGAUCGGCAAGGUUACGAUGAUUUACUGCAUCUACGGUGGAACUCCUCUUGCCUAUCCGGGCUGGAGAAAGAACGGACAGACGAUCAAGGACGAACCCGAAGACCGCGUAACGAAGUACAACGGAACUGGAGGCAAACGUCUGCUCAUCAAGGACACCUGGCUGGUUGAUGAGGGAAACUACACCUGCUUCGCUGAUAAUGAAGUGGACAAAGUCAAGGAGCACACUGUGUACUUGACUGUAAUCAGUAAGUACUUAAGGUUCCUUCCUUAG